AUGCCAGAGGUCAUUGGCUGGGAAGUGAAAAUCAAAGAAGGUCGAUUAACAUCUGAUGAUCAAACCAUUGGAAAAAUUUUGGAAUUUGUGAAUAUGUUUUUGGAAAGGAAUGAUAAAGAAAAUUAUCAAAAACUGAAUUCAGUUGAAAUACCAAAAGAAGGGUGUCAUUUAAAUUUUCCGUUAGAAAAGGAUAUAUUUGCAAAGGCUUAUAUCUUUGAUCUAGGCACUACAGUUAUGGAAGAGGAGCUUGAGAAUCUGAAGAGUGUCAGACAGAAGAUGACAUAUAAAGGAAAGAAACUGGGUAAAUCUAAAGAGGAGGGAGAUAAAAAGAAAGAGGGAGAGAAUCAUAAAGCUAAAGAGAACAGUAAUGGUGAACUUGAUAUCCAAGGAGCUGAAAAUGAGGAAGGAAAUGAGAAAAAAGAAGAGGAGGAGGAAGAGGACGAUGAUGACGAUGAUGAAGAUGAAGGAAACACACGUCUAGGAACACUUGCACUUCUUGAAGGACUCUACAAAGGAAAAGGAGGUUUUGGAAAGGGCGAAAAGGUUUUCUUAACCUUGAAAAAUAUUACAAAGAUUGUAGCGAAUACUGAGAAGAAUCGCUUAAGCAAUAUAAAAGAAACGGCGAGGAGAAUUUUUCAUAAAUCUGCGGAGCUUUUGAGUAAAAUUAUUGAAAAUGUGGAAAAUGAGAUUAAUGGGCCUCUACCGGCUGGGUAUAUUGUUCGAAAUGAAGAUGAGAUGAAUACAUCGGAAGCUAAGGACUUCAAGGUAGAAACAAGCAAACCUAGGAAGGAAGAUAAAGCGGAAUCUUCUAAGAGAAAUGAGGAAAUGGAGGAAGUGGAUGAUGAGAAUACUCCACUGCUUAGUAAAGAACAUGACAGUCACGGUUCUGAGGUGGAAGAGAAAUUGGGAGAGAAUGAAGCUCCUUUGGCUAGUCAAGGACAUGGCGAGGAAGGGGAAAUCUCUAAGAAUGAAAAUUAUGAAACAACGGAUGAAAUUUUGAAAAGAAUGAGAAAAUUGAACAAAAAGGAGAAAGAAGAUUUUAAUAAACAGCUUAAAAAAGAAAUUGAGGGAUUAGCAGCAAAUUUGGAAAAGGAGUUGUUAGAGGAUAUCAAAAAAGAGGAGGAUAAACAAAAGAAACUCGAAAUCAUUAAUAAGCUUAAAAAAGAAAUAGAAGAAUGGAAGGAGGAAGCUAAAAAGCAGUUUGAACAAAAGAUCCAAGUUAAGGAGAAUGAGGAAGUGAAGAAAAAACUUGGGGAGACGAAGAUUCAUCCGUUCGACUUUCUCCAAACUGUAUCGUUUGACGUAAGAAUAAAGCCUUUGGAUAAGCGUUUCAAAGGAAUUAGUGGUUUGGAGUACGAAGAGAUUGUCCAAUUCUUUAAAAACCAUGAAAGUUUUAGUGAAAAGGACGCGGGAUUGAAUCAAAAAGCUAUCGAAUUCUUAUAUAAUGAAUUUAAAGAGAUAAGAAAGGAUCUAAAGAAACAUAAAAGAAAAAAUGGAGCUUUACCAAUGGAGCUUCUUUCCCAUUUACCGCCUCCAAAUAAAGCACUAACUUAUCUUAACGAGGAGUUUAAGAAAAUUGAAAAAAAUAUAUUUCGGCAAGGAUGGGAUUGGUUAAAAUCUAAAUUUGUUGAGCCCAAACCUGAAGAAGAUUUUUAUAUGGAUGUGUUCCGCACAUAUCACGAAAUGAUCAAGGAAACUGACCAAAAAAUCGAGAAAUGUUACGAGCUGAAAGGACCUAUAAAACGAGUUAUUUCGAAGAAGGUUAAGGAACACGAUGUGGAAAUGUAUAAGGAGUUCAGAGGUCGACUUGGAGCUCAAAUACUCCUUUCUGUCUACAACGCCAAACAACUGACAAAAGACAUUGCUUAUGGAAUGAUAAUGAGCUUGGCUGGUGCUGGCUUUAUUGGAGCGCUUUUGGACGUUGUUAUUUGGCCUGCUAUGAUUACAGCAAUGGCACAUGUUUGCCCCUUCCUAGUGGUUCCGUUCACAGUUUUUCUCUACUCUCUAACUCCUUUGUUUGCUGAAACUUUUGAUUCGUUUGUUAUUAAACGCUUCUUAAAUACUCUCCAAGGAGGAAAGUUCUUCCCCUCUACAAUGAAAGAAUUUCUGAACGAUUUGAACAGUUCAUGGAUAGCAGGAAAUAUAGCUGCUGCAGGUUCUGUGAUGAACAAUUAUAUUGAAUUGUACUCUACAUUUAGCUUGCUGGGCUUAAAUGUGUUCACUAAUCAAAUUGCUUCGUCUACUUCCGGCGCUCUCGUCCCUCUUGAAUUCGCUGAGUGGGAAGUAAACACACGUGCUGCACUCUUUCUAAAAUAUUCGACUGGAUUCUUUCCAACACCUGAUGUUGAGUAUAUGACUGUCAAAAUUCGAAAAGACGAAAAGGAUAAACACAAAGAAAACAAUAAAAAAUUCAUCCGGAGAAUUUUUAACAAAAUCCUUGGCAAAAAGAUAAUGAUUGGAUUUGAUUACCCUGCCAUAUCAGACGGAGAAAAAACCGAAAAAUUAAGAAAGUUCAUUGAAUCAAAGGUUAGUUUCGUAUUUGUAUUUACAGAAAGAAUCCCCAAUGGUCCACAAAAUUGCUUAAAAAACUACCGUAACUGUUACUAA